AAUAAAGCCAAGGGUUUGGUUAAGUAUCUUCCAAAAUUAUCACCAUUACUUGGUUCUUUGAACGAUUACUCUGUAUGUCAAAAACAUUACAACAAUAUAAUCAUUAAAAAUUUUUUUCUUGAGCAAAUAGAAAAAGUUAGUGAUUCUGUUUUUUAUGUUCCAAUGAAAAAAACUAAAAAAAAAGUUUUGUCUGAUAAUGAAAUAAAUUUUCGUGAUUUUGGGAUUCAAGUGUCGUUACCCGAACAUUCGUUACCGAAUCCCGAAUAUGAAAGUCUUAUUAAAAAAAUUAAUGAAUUAGAACGUUUAAAUCAACAAUUACUACUUGAGAAUAAUUUGUUAAAAAAAAAAUUAAAUAAUAAAUAUGAUAACCAACAAGAGCGUGUUAAAGCCGUUGUAGAAAUUGCCAAACGAGAACGAAUUGCCUUGUAUGAUGAUGUCGUUAAAUUAAUAAAUAACC